CCCCCCGGGCUCCCCGCAGUUCCUUCCCGCCACCGUCCUCUGCUGCCAAUCCCCAGCCUCUGGGCAAAGCCCACCCGAUCCGCUGCGCAGGUAAGACACUGGCGCCUGAGGUCAAACAGCCGGCGGAACUGCCCGCGGCAAGGGACUUCGAGGACUUGAGGUUCUUACGAGGCCGGAGGGCCCCAGGGUGAGAGCCGAUCCUCUUCCUCCAGCGGGUAACGGACGGAGCAACGAGGGGACGUCCCCUUCUGGGUGGUCGAGCUCGAAGAUCCCUGAUCUCUGAUUCUACCUGACACUCUGAACUGGGUGCCAAGUUCAAGCGUGGAGGAGGGUAUCAGAAACUCCCGGGUACUCGAGACACAAAUUCCAGCAGGGACCGUUAGCCUAGAAAAUAUGGGAAAAUAGAAAGCUGGCCAGUGGCGUCAAACGUUGUCUACGAAAACCUUUAAGCACCUUAAACUAAAAUUGGCAACUUCAAAGAGGACACAAUCUCCAACAAAGGCCUGCGCUCUGAUGUGGGUCUGCGGAAUUCCAGUUGAGCUUAAACCGCCCAACGGGUGCCUGGGCUGCUCGGGGUUCAGGAUCGGAAUUUGAACCCAGGGUCCCUCAGGCUCCCACAACCCUAAGAUUUUCUCCGCCUCGCUGGCCUCUCAUUGGAAGAACCCAAAUUGUCUCCCCCAGUGAAGUGGAGGAAGGAGCCUCCCUUCUCCUUGCGGAUUCAGCUACGCCCCACCCGCACCUCUGCUUCCUGAUUGGCUCCUGGUCCCUGCCAAUUAAAAGUUUUCCUUAAUGCUCCCGCCCUAUUAACUCUGCCGUCACUCUCUGGUGACGGGUGGGGCUAGGACCGGCUUUCUCAAUUUGGGACCUGUGGUAUACAUCUGCGCUUGUUGAAAUUCAUAUUCCUGUGCCCUACUGUUUGAGGAGAGCUUGAUUUAGUAGGGGAGGGGGCCCACCUGGCCAUGGCCGAGCCUGGAGAACAGCUGCCGGAGGAGGUGCUGGCGCUCAUCUUCCGCCACCUGCCCCUGCCCGACCGCGCUGCUGCAGCGAGGGUCUGCAGAGCUUGGGCUGCCGCUGCCACCUGCAGCGCUGUGUGGCACGACACGAGCAUCAGUUGCGACUGUGAGCUGGAAGGCAUGCUGCCGCCGUAUCUGUCCGCCUGCCUGGACCACAUUCAGAAUCUAUGGCUGGAAUUUGAGCCGUCGAGGAAGUCGAGUCGCCGGGCGGCCACGGAGUUACUGACUGCACUGAGGGGCCGUACCCCCGGGCUGCGAGGCCUGUGCCUGGAGUGCCGCGGAGAAAAGCCGCUCUUCGACGCCGGCCGCGACGUCCUGGACGCGGUGCACGCCCUCUGUGGGGCGGCCCGCGCGCUGCGCCACCUCGACCUGCGGCGCCUGCCCUUCUCACUAGACGACGCGCUGGUGCUGCAGGUGGCACACGGUUGUCCGGAGCUCCGCAGCCUUUUCCUGGAUAACAGAACGCUGGUGGGCAGCGUGGGGCCGGGCUCCGUGCUCGAGCUACUACAGGCCUGCCCCUUCCUGCGCGCCCUUGGCCUGCACCUGGCCAGCCUGUCGCGCACCGCGCUCGAGGCACUGGCGGCGCCAGAGCGCGCGCCUUUCGAGCUCCUCGCCCUGCGGUGCGCGUGUCCGGAAGACGCACGCGCGCCCCCCCUGCCUGAUGAAGCCUGGGCCGCGUUGAGCCACCGCCACCCGGGACUGGAGGUAGAGCUGGAGCUAGAGCCGGUGCUGCCUGCAGAGAGCGUGACGCGCGUCCUGCAGCCAGCCGUACCCGUGGCUGCGCUGCGCCUCAGCCUCUCUGGGGACACCGUAGGCCCAGUGCGCUUCGCGGCGCGCCACUACGCCGCAACCUUGCGCGCGCUUGAGGUGCGCGCCGCCGCCUCGGCAGAGCUGGACGCCGCACUGGAGGAGCUGGCAGCGCGCUGCGCGGGCCUGCGCGAGGUACACUGCUUCUGCGUGGUGCGACCUUCCGUGCUGCACGCCUUCCGCGCGCGCUGCCCGCGCCUGCGCAGCUACACGCUCAAGCUAACGCGGGAGCCGCAUCCCUGGCGGCCCACGCUUGUGGCGUGAUGGGACAAACGCUCUUUCCGCUCCCUGCGGACGUGUGUCCUCUGAAAUGCUGCGUGGGUUUGCCCAGGGGCGGGCCAGCUGCUAGCCCUCUCCUUUGGGACUCUUGCCUCUUGUCCCUCGCGAGGAUUAGAGCCUAUAAAGUGGCAUCGUUACCGGUCCAGGGCGCCGUGAGCCCACUCGUUGCUUUCAACAUCUGCGGACACCCACUGUCCCCGCAGUACAGGGAUCACCCUCCUCCAACCCCAGCCCUUUGCAAACGUGUCGCUAGCUCGGCGGCCCUGGCGUGGAGGGAGGGAGGGCAGUGGCUCAAGUCAUGCCUCUGGGGUGAGUGUGGAAUAAAUCAA